AUGGACGACACAUCUGUUCUGAGCUUUGAACUAGCAGAUGUGGAGACCACUGGUGAUGUGGACCAGGGAGGGGGACGGGCACCUGGUGUUACCGUCAAUGGUGUCGGCUCAAUUGUCCAUUCAUGGAAAAAGGAGGUCAAAGAUGGAGCAAACAGUGCGACAUCUUUUGUGGUAGUUCAACAUGACGUUAAUAACAAUACCGUAGAUAAGAUCACAGUAACAUAUGUCUUUUCGGAAAACACAAUUCUUAUGCCUCACUGGGUGGAUUUUGGGGUGGGCAACAAAUUAUGGGUAGUGGGACGGCUAGAAUUGGCUGGGCAGGGCUCGGACGGGCGACACAUGGCAUCCACUUCAGUCAGGUUGAAUGAGACCUGUAUGAACUGGUUCAAGUGCUUGAAGCUAGAUUAG